AUGACCAUCAAAGGCUUUUACUUGGUUGGCCAAAAUACGGAUCUGUACCACCAAGAGAUCCAUAUUGACCAGUACCAUGAUUUCGAAGCUUUGCAGGUAGCCAUCGCUGAACAGUACAAUAUCAUACUGCCAGCCAGCAUUGGACUACAGGACUCGAAAGGGAACGCUUUAUCUGACCUUGAUGCAGUCUUAGACACCGACGAAGACCUCGGCAUCACAGUCGACGGGCAGCCCAUCCGAGACCCUUCAGGGCCUGAAGGACUUCCAUUCCUGGGAAGCUACUAUGAAGUCUUCCCUGACCAUCUCGGGAACCAUGCUCGUCUCUUCCAGAAGUAUGGCUCCCUCAUAAAGUACGAGACCAUGGGAAAACAUAACUACCUAACGAAUGACCCGGCUAUCGCGACCGUUGCAUUCCAGGAAUCCGCUUUCUUCAGCAAGAAGAUAACGUCAGAACAUCCCUUAAACGGCAUAAAGGACAACCGCGCUCUGUUCAUCGGCGAUACAGACACGGACGCCUGGCGCGCAGCACACAAAUUCAUCCCGCCAGCAAUGUCACCCAAAGCGGUGCGGCACUAUACGCCGUUGAUGGAAGCCAGUGUCAAAGACUCGUUCAGGGUCUUUGACAAGCUGGACGAACAGGAUGAGGCAUGGAACGUAUACCAAUACAUGCUGAAGCUCGCCUCACAAACUGUGUUCAAGUUUGCGCUGGGUUACGAUGCACACCACUUCGAUAAUCCGGAUUCCAGCUUGAAUGAAUUGGUAGUCUUGAUUGCGCAGAGCUUGAGCCUGAACAAGAAGGUCGCAAGCAGGGGUAGCUGGUAUGCGAGUCUGGGUUGGAUGCCGGGUACAGCAGCGUACGAAUUGAGCAAUAUCCAGGGAAGAUUAUGGCGGAUUCUGAAUGAAGCGAUCGACAAAGCACCAAAAGGAGAUACCGAUGAAGACUUACCACUGCAGUCUGCCGCGCUAGGUGCAAGCUGUGUCGUUGACUACCUAAAGCGCGCGACGGACGACCAUGGGAACAAACUGCCGCGUGAGCUUGUUAUCCCCAAUAUGCUGCCAAUCUCAGGCGCAGGCUUCACCACAACAUCCUCCCUCCUGUCUUGGUUGAUAUACAGCUUGUGCGUCUACGAAGGCAACCAAGACCGCCUCGUGCAGGAACUUGUCGAUGCUGGCGUCAAUGCGAAUACCAAAUGGACUCCCGAGCUCUCUGACGGCCUCACCUUCCUCGACAAAUUCGUUAAAGAGACCCAGCGUCUCCAUAACCCUUCUUUCCAACCAGGUCGUACUGCGAAAGUGGAUUGUAUCGUGCCUGGGGGCUACAAGCUCCCCGCGGGUUCCGUCGUGAUUUGCGCUCUCCACGCUAUUCACAACAACCCAGCUAUCUGGUCAAAUCCCGACCGCUUCGACCCUGAUCGUUGGGGAUCUGAAGAAGUGUCAAACCGCCCCAAAAACAGCUAUAUGCCGUUUGCUACCGGGCCGAGAAGCUGUAUCGGAUUCAAUUUCGCGCUUGGGGAAGUAAAAGUGUUGCUACCGGAACUGGUGUAUCGGUAUGAGUUCAGCAAAGAAGGAGAAGAGGCAGUGACGUAUGAUCCGGAGUUUCAGCUCAUCAGACCGAUGAACCUUUAUGUUCGGGCGAGAAAGAGGACGACCUGGCCUGGAAAGAGUAAGGACGCGAAGAAGAUCGCAGAAGAGUACGCUGAGGGCGAGAACUUGAAGAAUUCAGCCAAGUUUUAG